UAUGUGUGUGGCUGGAUGGAGCUGGAGUGGGCUGGGUUCUGCCCGUCAGCCAUGUUGGAAUGAGAGGGAAUGAAAAGCUGGAAUGAGGGAGAAUCGACAGUAAAGGACAGGAAAAGCGGCUUCUGGAAUAUCAUAACGGGCGACGGACAGAUCACACGAUAAACCAAUAUUUCCAGAAUCUCCUUUUACACAGAAUAUGACAGACACCUAGCGUACGGUAAAGGCAUGGCGACGGCAUUCCUGGAGCCCACCCCUAACCACACGCUGAGUGCCGGGGCCAAAGCCCGGCUCAGUGCGGGGACAGAGCGGGUCCCCGGGGCCCCGGACCGGGUCCUGAAGGUCUUCCAUCACUUCGAGAACAACAGCGAACACAGCACCUGGUCCAGCAACAUCCGCCAUGGAGAUGCCACUGACGUCAGGGGAAUCAUUCAGAAGAUCGUGGACAUUCAUAAAGUCCAGCAUGUGGUGUGUUUCGGGCUGCGUCUCACUCAUGUGCCGUCGGGUGAUGUUCACUGGCUGCACCCUGAUGAGGGCGUUUCUCACGUGAGGGAGAAGUUUGAGCAGAAGCGCCCGCAGGACGAGUGGAGGUAUGAGCUGAGGAUCCGUUACCUGCCCAAAGGCUUCCUGACUCAAUUCACUGAAGACAAACCCACACUCAACUACUUCUAUCAGCAGGUGAAGAAUGACUACAUGCUGGAGGUUGCGGAUCAGGUGGAGCAGGAGGUGGCACUGAAGCUGGGUUGCCUGGAGAUCAGGAGAUUCUACAGAGAGAUGAGGGGGAACGCUCUCGAUAAAAAGUCCAACUACGAACUCUUAGAGAAGGAUGUUGGUCUCCGCCGCUUCUUCCCCAAGAGCUUGUUGGAGUCGGUGAAGGCUAAAACACUGAGGAAACAGAUCCAGCAAACGUUCAAGCAGUUCGCCAACUUGAACGAUGAGCAGAGCGUCCUCAAGUUUUUCGAGAUCCUGGCGCCCGUUUACAGAUUCGACAAAGAGUGUUUCCGCUGCGCUCUCGGGUCCAGUUGGGUCAUCUCAGUGGAUCUUGCGAUUGGUCCAGAAGAGGGCAUCAGUUACCUGACAGACAAGGGCUCCACGCCCACACACCUGGCCAACUUGACUCAGGUGCAGAGCAUCCAUUACUCCUGUGUGGAGGAGAAGGAGAGGAAGGGUGUGUUACAGCUGGACGUGGCUGGAGCCGCAGAGCCUCUCACGAUCAGCACGCCGUCUUUCUCCACCGCCGAGAACAUGGCCGACCUCAUCGACGGAUACUGUCGCCUGCUCAACGCCGUCAGCCAGUCCUUCAUCAUCAGACCUCAGAAAGAUGGUGAAAGAGCUCUUCCAUCCAUUCCAAAAAUUGCUAACAAUGAGAAGCGACUUGAGGGGAUUCGGGCAGGUGUUCGGGCCAUUUCUGUUUCAGACUCUCUGGUUCAGACGCCCACCAAAGCUGCUAAAGCUCGCCGUUUUCUCCUUCCGUUUGUCCUCUGUUCCCAUGAUCCUCCUCCUAAGGAUGAAUUAACCCUUCUCCUCUCUGCUCCUCUCCUAUCUUUGCAUGGACCUGCAGAAGAUCUUAGUGGAGAUGAAACAGACGACUACGCAGAGAUCAUAGAUGAGGAAGACACCUACACCAUGCCGUCUACCCAAUGCUUUGGAUUAGACACAGCUCAGGAUUAUGAGAUCCAGCGGGACAGGAUUGAGUUGGGUCGGUGUAUCGGUGAAGGGCAGUUCGGUGACGUCCAUCAGGGGGUUUACAUCAGUCCGGAGAAUCCAUCAUUAUCAGUGGCCAUAAAGACGUGUAAGAACUGCACAUCAGACAGCGUUCGAGAGAAGUUUCUUCAGGAAGCUUUGACAAUGCGGCAGUUUGACCAUCCGCACAUCGUCAAGCUGAUCGGCAUAAUCACGGAAAACCCCGUCUGGAUCAUCAUGGAGCUGUGCACGCUUGGAGAGCUGAGGUCGUUCCUGCAGGUGAGGAAGUAUAAUCUGGAUCUGUCCACGCUGAUCCUGUUUGCAUAUCAGCUGAGCACAGCGCUGGCGUACCUGGAGAGCAAACGCUUCGUGCACAGAGACAUUGCUGCCAGGAAUGUGUUAGUGUCCUCCACAGACUGUGUGAAACUUGGUGACUUUGGUCUUUCCAGAUACAUGGAGGACAGUUCCUAUUAUAAAGCUUCUAAAGGGAAACUGCCCAUUAAAUGGAUGGCUCCUGAAUCCAUAAACUUCCGCCGCUUUACCUCCGCCAGUGAUGUCUGGAUGUUUGGUGUGUGUAUGUGGGAGAUCCUCAUGUUCGGCAUCAAGCCCUUUCAGGGAGUGAAGAAUAACGACGUGAUUGGUCGGAUUGAGAACGGAGAGAGGCUGGCGAUGCCCCAAAACUGCCCACCCACGCUCUACAGCCUCAUGACCAAAUGCUGGGCGUACGACCCCAGCAAACGUCCCCGAUUCACAGAGCUCAAGACACAGCUCAGCACGAUCCUGGAUGAGGAGAAGCUCCAGCAGGAGGAGCGUUUCCGCAUGGAGAUGAGGAGGCAGGUCACCGUGUCCUGGGACGCCGGAAAUUCAGAUGAAGCUCCUCCUAAACCCAGCAGACCUGGUUACCCGAGUCCUCGCUCCAGUGAUGGUUAUUUCCCCAGUCCUCAACAUGCUGGACAACAUAAUCACUAUCAGGGCUCUGGAUAUCCUGCAGCUCAUGUGUCCAGUCCGGGAUUCCCAGCACAGGCGUCCGUCCUCGACCCGCAUGAGAGCUGGAACCACCGGCAGGAGCCUCCGACCUGGCCUGCAAACGCGGAGGAUGGAGCAGCAGUGGGCCGCACUCAGCCCAUGAACACACACCUGAUGGAGGAGACGCUCAUCAAACAGCAGCAGCAGAUGGAGGAGGACCAGCGCUGGCUGGAGCAGGAGGAGAGCUUUCUGAAGCCGGAGUCCAGGAACUCUCGCAGCAGCAUCGACCGUGAGGACGCCGCUCUGCAGACCCCGAUGGGGAAGCAGCACGUUUACCAGCCCGUCGGCAAAACCGAUCUUGUGGCUCCUCCAAAGAAGCCUCCUCGUCCCGGAGCUCCAGCUCACCUGACUAACCUGAGCCCGGCCGACAGCUAUAAUGAGGGUGUCAAGCUUCAGCCUCAGGAGAUCAGUCCUCCUCCGACAGCCAAUCUGGACCGCUCGAAUGAUAAAGUGUAUGAGAAUGUGACGGGGCUGGUGAAGGCCGUGAUCGAGAUGUCCAGCCGCAUUCAGCCCGCGCCGCCUGAGGAGUACGUGCCCAUGGUCAAGGAUGUUGGUCUGGCUCUCAGGACUCUGCUGGCGACGGUGGAUGAGACUAUACCUGUGUUACCAGCACACACACACAGAGAGAUUGAGAUGGCGCAGAAGCUGCUGAACUCUGACCUGGCGGAGCUGAUCAGUAAGAUGCGUCUGGCUCAGCAGUACAUGUUGACCAGCCUCCAGCAGGACUACAAGAAGCAGAUGCUGACGGCGGCUCACGCGCUCGCUGUGGAUGCCAAAAACCUGCUGGACGUCAUCGACCAGGCCCGACUCAAGAUGAGCCACCGCACACACUGACACUCCACGCUGGCUGGAUCAUCAUGGAGGAACAUCGCUCUUAAAGAGACACUUCACCCAAACAUCGGCUCAGUGUGAGUUGAAGAAUGCUGGAAACUGGUUGCCAUUACCUCUCAUUCUAAUCCAAGAUUACUGUGCAAAACUGGAAUAUUGCAUGAAGACAUUAGUGAAUAAAGCAGCUUUAAAUCCACUGAGAAACACGAGGAAAAUCAUCACUUCCUGAUAGACUUGCACAAAUAGCAGUCAGAGAAGGGUAGUGUGAUGCGCCACUGUGGUGUUUCUUUAAUGAGUGAGUUGCACCUCAGAAGACAAGAUGUCAUGAAGUGAAUGCGGUGGCUUUUGGAGGCAUGAGACGCUCUUUAGGAGAGCAGACCGUUCUGGAGGGAUUAAUAAUAGAAGAAUAAUACUGUAGCACAGUGAUGAUGGACUGACGGAGGCCUUUAACAAUCAGCAGAACACUUGAGAACGGCAAAGACCCUCAAACACCCAUUUAUAUGUGAGAAAUCACAUCACUUUCAUGAUACACAUGGAGUUUAUUCACUAAAUAUGUUUCCAUGCAUUUUCCCCCUUAUAUAGGACAAGUUUUGCUUGUUUUUUUUAUGCAAUAUUCCAAAAUGCACACUGUUAUGUGGCUUUAUUUUAACAUGUUAAUCAGGUUUCAGCUAAAUUUUACACGUUUAACUCAAGUCAGUUUGAUUGAUGCAAGGUGGGACGUCUAGAAAAGUGCAAGAUCUUUGUACAAUGGAGAUGAAUGGAAGCUGCUUGCUUCCACUGUGGAAAUAAUAUUCUAUGGUAGUCAAUGGCAACCAGCUUCAAAGGCUCUUCAAAAUGGAUGAAAGAAAGUCAUGCAGGUUCCGAACACUGAUGUUGGUGUGAACUGCCCCUUUAAGAGACUCUUCAGGAUGUGCUGGACUCUUGUGCUUGUUUUAUAAAUGUUUGCAGCAUCACAUUGAGUUGAGUUAUCCAGAAAUGAAGUUGGUCUCAUACUCAAUUCCUGGAGGGCCUCAGCUCUGCAUAGUUUACUCCAACUCACACCUGCUUAGUCUUGAAGACCUUGAUUAGGGUUGGAGCAAAACUGCAGAGCUGCAGCCCUCCAGGAAUCCAGUUUGAGACUCAUGUCUUACUCAAACCUGCAACUGGAAGAUUCUCCAAUAACCCAAAGGCUCAUCAACAGACUAGGUGCUGAUCUUCAGUUUUUAGGGCUUUCGUCCUGAAAUCUUCCUCUGGAGUUGGCUCAGGACUCAUGUACAGACUCUCAAGCCAAAUCACAGUCAUAUUGAAGAUAUUUUUUAAAUGAAAUCACAGUUAUUGUAUGAAGAGGGAAGCGCUGGCGUGAGCUGAUUAUUCCUCCGGGACAGAAGUCAAUAUAGUCACAUAUCAGGCACUUGAAGCACAUCUUGGUAAAUGGUUCUAAUCAGAGCUGCCUUCUCAUUUCAUCAACCCUUUUUCCUCUGUAAAGUUAUUUUUUACCACACUAAGGGUGUACGGAGCCCUGAUGAGUUUGGACUGGAUUUACUUUGUGUACAGAACAAUCGUGAAAUCCAUUUCUUUUGUCAUUGAUCUAAAUUAUUCUCAGGAAGAAGCAACUGUACAGAUCUUUUAACUAAUAAAAUGUUAUCUUUA